GCGGGGGCGGGCGGGGGCGGAGCCGAGCGAGAGACCAGAGCCGGAGCCGGAGCCGCCGCCGCCGCCAUGCGCCGGCCUGGGCCCACCUGCUGCGCGCUGCUGCUAGUCCUGGGGCUCUGCCGGGCGCGCCCCCGGAACGCACUGCUGCUCCUCGCGGAUGACGGAGGCUUUGAGAGUGGUGCGUACAACAACAGCGCCAUCGCCACCCCGCACCUGGACGCCUUGGCCCGCCGCAGUCUCCUUUUCCGCAACGCCUUCACCUCGGUCAGCAGCUGCUCUCCCAGCCGCGCCAGCCUCCUCACUGGCCUGCCCCAGCAUCAGAAUGGGAUGUACGGGCUGCACCAGGAUGUGCACCACUUCAACUCCUUCGACAGGGUGCGGAGCCUGCCGCUGCUGCUCAGCCAAGCUGGCGUGCGCACAGGCAUCAUCGGGAAGAAGCACGUGGGGCCGGAGGCCGUGUACCCGUUUGACUUUGCUUACACGGAGGAGAACGGCUCUGUCCUCCAGGUGGGACGGAACAUCACCAGAAUUAAGCUGCUCGUCCGGAAAUUCCUGCAGACUCAGGAUGACCGGCCUUUCUUCCUCUACGUCGCCUUCCAUGAUCCCCACCGCUGUGGGCACUCCCAGCCCCAGUACGGAACCUUCUGUGAGAAGUUUGGCAACGGAGAGAGCGGCAUGGGUCGUAUCCCAGACUGGACCCCCCAGGCCUAUGGCCCACUGGACGUGCUGGUGCCUUACUUCAUCCCCAACACCCCGGCAGCCCGAGCCGACCUUGCCGCUCAGUACACCACCAUCGGCCGCAUGGACCAAGGAGUUGGACUUGUGCUCCAGGAGCUGCGUGAUGCGGGUGUCCUGAACGACACACUGGUGAUCUUCACGUCCGACAACGGGAUCCCCUUCCCCAGUGGCAGGACCAACCUGUACUGGCCAGGCACUGCUGAACCCUUACUGGUGUCAUCCCCGGAGCACCCAAAACGCUGGGGCCAAGUCAGCGAGGCCUACGUGAGCCUCCUAGACCUCACGCCCACCAUCUUGGAUUGGUUCUCCGUCCCGUACCCCAGCUACGCCAUCUUUGGCUCGAAGACCAUUCACCUCACUGGCCGGUCCCUCCUGCCAGCGCUGGAGGCCGAGCCCCUCUGGGCCACCGUCUUUGGCAGCCAGAGCCACCACGAGGUCACCAUGUCCUACCCCAUGCGCUCCGUGCAGCACCGGAACUUACGCCUCGUGCACAACCUCCACUUCAAGAUGCCCUUUCCCAUCGACCAGGAUUUCUACGUCUCACCCACCUUCCAGGACCUCCUGAACCGCACCACAGCUGGCCAGCCCACAGGCUGGUACAAGGACCUCCGUCAUUACUACUACCGGGCACGCUGGGAGCUCUACGACCGGAGCCAGGACCCCCACGAGACCCAGAACCUGGCCGCCGACCCGCGCUUCGCCCAGGUGCUGGAGAUGCUUCGGGCCCAGCUGACCAAGUGGCAGUGGGAGACCCACGACCCCUGGGUGUGUGCCCCCGACGGCGUCCUGGAGGAGAAGCUCUCUCCCCAGUGCCAGCCCCUCCACAAUGAGCUGUGACCAUCCCAGGAGGCCUGUGCACACAUCCCAGACAUGUCCCUGUGGCCGGCCAGCCUGGGGAGCACUGACAACAGCCCUUCCGUCUACACUCCCGUCCAAGGAGGGUUUUUCCUUCCUGUGGGGUCACUCCUGCCAGUCCCUGGAGGGGGACCAGAGCAUGUGCCCAGCCCCUCCACCACCAGGGGCACUGCCAUCACGGCAGACGACACGGCCAUCCUCGUGUCUGAACCAUGUCCCGGCAUGGGAAUUCUAGACGUGUGUGAUCUGUGGACAGGGCAGCACCCCCAGCCCAUGAUAAGGGAGUCUUGUUUUCUGGCUUGCUUUGGGGACCUGCAAAUGGGAGGCUUGAGGCCCUCUUUAGGCUUUGGCAGCCACAGAUACGUACGAGCCCUUCACGGAGAGCAGGCAAGGGCUUCGGUGCCGCGUGGGCAGUACACAGGUCCCACCCACACUCACCUGGGAGCACAGCGCCUGGCUCUUACCAGCGUCUGGCCUAGAGGAAGCCUUUCAGCCACCUUUGGGCAGGUUUCUGCUUCUGUUUUGCCCCACGGUCAAGUACCUGGUCCCCAGGCAGGUUUCAGCUGAUUGGCGGCAGGCUCCCGCUGAUUGGCGGCAGGCUCCCUGAGUGAUGAGCUUGAACCUGUGGUGUUUCUGGGCAGAAGCUUAUCUUUUUUGAGAGUGUUCAAAGAUGAAGGUAUGGCAGUGCCUGUCCUCUGACUUGGGUUAAUUCUUGGGUGGCACUGGCAUUGCUGGGUGGCGAUGCCCGUCCUCUGGAUUGGGUUAAUUCUUGGGUGGCACUGGCAUUGCUGGGUGGCGAUGCCCGUCCUCUGGCUUGGGUUAAUUCUUGGGUGACGUCAGCAUUGCUGGGAGAAGGCGCCGUUCCUGCCCUGCCUCCACCCACCUCAGGAGCAGAAGCCCGGCCUGGACACCCUCGAAGGAGAGGGCGCUUCCUUGAGUGGGUGGCUCCCCUCGCCCUUCUCUCCCCAUCACUCCAUACUGGGGUGGGCUGGGGGAAGCCAUAGGCCAGCUAUUGUAAAAGCUUAUUAUUUUAGUAAAAUAUGCAGAAGUUCUUUUUCUGAA